AUGAACCCACUCAAGCUCAAUACGACAUCUGUGUCAUUGGCCGUGACGCCGACCGUCGUCUCCACACUCUUGUCCCAUUACCUCAACCGACAGCCUCUCAAACAGAAGCCCACCGCCCACUUGUCCUACGACGAAGGCCUCCACCUCGUCAGGUCCUUUCUCCAGUUCGCCUCUCAGCAUACCGUGGAAGAACUUCAAGCUUUUACCGCACAAUGGGUACCUCAUCCGCAAUGGGUGCGGGUUGACGAGGUUACAAUCGCCGACCAGCUACUCGAGAAGGCCGCCACUUUGCUUCAGGCCGAGUUGGGCGAGGAAGGCAUUGCGCGAGUCGGCGGCCGUCAGUGGUGGCAGUGGAGGAGACCGAAAAGCCCGCUCAAGGCCGAAUGGAUCGAGAUGAAAGCGCACUACCAAGAGCGCAAGAAGAAUGGAGAUCCCGGGAAGCGCGUCAUGCUCUACGUCCAUGGUGGCGCUUACUUCUUUGGAAGCGUCGACGAGCACAGGUAUCAGAUGCAGCGUCAUGCCCGGAAGCUCAAGGCUCGGGUCUUUGCGCCGAAGUACAGACUGGCGCCGCAGUUCCCCUUCCCCUGCGGGCUGCAGGAUUGUAUUGCGGCGUAUCUCUAUCUCCUCACCAUCCAGGAGCCAAACACGAUCAUCCUCGCAGGCGACUCGGCCGGCGGCGGCAUGGUCAUGUCGAUGCUCUGUACUCUGCGUGACCAAGGCAUUCCUCUUCCUGCUGGCGCCAUCCUCAUCAGCCCCUGGGUCGACCUGACACAUUCCUUUCCCAGUGUAGCGGGAGAUACACCGUUCGACUAUAUUCCCUCGUCUGGGUUUCACCACAAGCCAUCGCGGGCAUGGCCGCCGCCCAACGAGGACGACCUGGCCAUGAUGGAAGAACAAGCUGCGAAGACGAAGAAGGGAGAUAAGGGCGCUGCGAAGCCAAGCACGUUAGAGGCCAAACAAGGCAACCCGUUUGAACUGGAGACACCCGAAGGGCAUAAUGCACAGGGUGAUCCGAUGGCAAAGCCUGAGGCUCCUCUCGAAGCCGAUGUGCCGAAGACUUCAGUCCUGCUCUCCGUCACCAUUAACGGAAAAUUUACGACCGUCAAGGAUCAGAUUCAGAUGUAUACCACCAACCAGCUCAUUGACCACCCACUCGUCAGCCCCGUCACGCAACCAACCCUCGGAGGUCUUCCGCCUCUGCUCAUUAUGGUCGGCGGCGGCGAGGUUCUGCGUGAUGAACAAAUCUAUCUGGCUCACAAGUGUGCCAAUCCCACCAAGUACGCUCCACCAGACGAAAAGAUGAACGAUGCGGACCGCGAGAAGCUCAACCGGUACAAGCCAACAGACGUUCAGCUGCAGGUGUGGGAUGACCUCUGCCAUGUCGCCCCGACUCUCAGUUUCACAAGACCCGCAAAGUACAUGUAUCGGUCCAUUGCCCAAUUUGGGGCGUGGGCCCUCGCCCGAGCUCAACAAGUCGAAAUCGACAUUCUGGACGAUGAUGACAUCUCGGUCAUUUCUUCCUCCGGCAGCGAUACUGACCAGCCACAGCCAGAGUGGGAAGCUCAGAUUGAGUCUGCAGCUGCGGGCAACAACCCCCUCAAAGCCCAGAUCGGAAAGGCGGGAGACACCCUGCCUCCUUUCAAAGGGCACAUGAUUAGGCAAAGAGUUACGCGGCACGGAGGCGUGUAUAACCUGGAGGCGCCUUCCGAGCUCGCCAGCUGUACAAUGGACAAGAGGGACAUUGGGGUCGCCAAGGAGAUCCCCGUCCGGAGAUGGCUUGAAACGAAGGCGCGGUGGGACAGCAGGUAUUCGAGCGCGAAAACCAAAGUGCAUCAAAAGAUUGUCAAGGACAUCGCGUCGGGCUUCGUUGGUUAUGGCGAUGGUGAAACCCCUCCGCCGACCGCCUUGGCAGGCCGUAGGAAGGUUCCCGCAGAGCAGGUUGACAAGAAGAAGAAGAGGAGUCUUGGUCUCGCAUUGUGGUCGCUUUGGGGCUCAAAGCAUGACGAAAUGACAGUGGAGAGGGAGCAAAAGGCUGAUCAGCGGGACGCCGUGGAGCAAACAACCGCAACACAGCCUGAUCGCGGCGUGCCGAUGCCGUCGAAUGUCGACGGCGAGGCUGAUGAUGCUACACUGGCACCGCCUACUUCACCAGGUCGCCCAAGAAGCAGGAGUCGUACUGUGGUUGACGAACAUCAGACUUCACAGCAAAGCGAGCUCGACGACGGGGUUGCACCGGUCGACGCACUCAUCGAGCUAAGGCGAGAGGCGGGGAACAACCAGCGGGAGGAGGCGAUUGUUGGCGGGCACGACGCUGGAUCUCCUGGCACGCUUAGUCCCACGCAUAUCCCAAGCGCCGUGGUCGCUGGCAAGCGGCCCUUUAUCGAUGGAUACGCAAUGCCCUUCAGCCUCGGCAAAGAUGCGGACACUGCUAGCAUGCUGACGCUCCAGUCCACAGCAGCUGGGCCGAACGUCAGGCCGAUGAGUCCUCUCCGGACCAUGAGCAACGGGACUGACGUGUCGGAUGCGGCGCAGAACGCUGAAACGGGUGCAGCAGUCAAGAGAUUGCCGUUCCGUCUGGGCCAUGACGCAGAGACAGCGAGUAUGAUGACUCUGCAGUCGGCUGCGCCGGCUCCUGACGCGCGAUCCGUCAGCCCAAUACCGCCUACAAGUGCUGCUGAUGCUGGCGCAAGGCCGGAACCAGAGGUGGAGGUCGCAGGCAAGCGGCCCUUUGUAAAUGGGCUGGCUGUGCCUUUCUCAUUGGGUAAGGAGGCCGACACGGCGAGCAUGAUGACUUUGCAGUCCACGGCACCUGUCCAAGAUGUGCGCUCUGCUGAUCCAAUGCCCCCCGCGGCAGGCAAGGGCACGAGCUCACGACCUGUCUCGGAGCAUCUUGAUUCUGCCACGCCCAUGGCGGCAGGUUCUGCAUCUGCUUAUGCCACGCCCAUGGUAGAAUUUGACAGGCCGCAGAUGCAGAGAGAUAUAUUUGUGACAGCCGCCGAGGAUUUGCCCAUGGCAGCUUCUGCAGGCAGGUGA